AUGAUCAUUGUGCGGUCUGUCAUAAAUUUUAUAUUACAAUUCAAUAAUAAAGAUCAUGAUGAUGAUCGAAUUUAUAAACCACAUUCAACCAGAGUAGCGAGGUAUCAAAUCAUUAUUGCAUCGACGCUUGGUUUAUUUGCAUUCAUAGUUUUUUCCAUAUUGCGAAUAAAGUACCCCAGAAUCUACAUUGCCAAUUUCAAUCAAUUAAAUUUUAGUUUUCAUUCUUCGUCAAGAAGAAAUUUACCUAAACUACCUACAAAAUCAUUACUUGGAUGGAUUCCAAUAGUUUAUAAAAUUAAUGAGUCACAAAUAUUAGAACAUGCUGGGUUAGAUGCUGUUGUAACGAUGAUUUUUUUCAAAAUGUGUAUUAGAAUAUUAACAACUUGUUUAUUAUUUGCAAUUAUUAUAAUUUCACCAAUUAGAUAUAAAUUUACAGGUAGAGUAGAUCAAGACUACCCAGAUGAUGGAAAUAAUGGUACUAGUACUGUUACUAGACAUGUUUUAUAUGGUACUGAUUUAUCUGAUGAUGAUAAAUCAUAUCAAAAGUUUUUAUGGUUAUACACAAUAUUCACAUACAUUUUCACAUUUAUAACGGCUUACUUUUUAUUCGAAUCAACUAAUAAGAUUAUUAAUAUGAGGCAGAAAUAUCUAGGUAAACAAAGUUCAAUAACGGAUAGAACAGUUAAAAUUUCUGGUAUUCCAGGUAAAUUAAGAGAUGAAAUUGAAUUGAUUAGAUACAUUGAAAAUUUAAAUAUUGGUGAAGUUGAUUCAGUGCUAAUUGUUAGAGAAUGGCAAAAGCUAAAUAAAUUGUUCAAAAUUAGAGAUAAGAUUCUUCGGAAACUCGAAGAGAGUUGGGUUGAAUUUUUCCAUCAAAAUGGAAUUAAAAGUAAAAACGAAUUAUUAAAUACAUCAUCAUCAAUCGAUCCACAUGUUGGUGAUUCAUUUAACUUACCAUAUAGAGAUAAUGAGAAUGAUCAAGCUGCUGAAACUACCUCAAUUCACUCAUCAAUAGUUGACCAAAUUUCAGAAAUUGUUGAAAAUUCAUUAUUAAAUUCAGAUUUAUUAAAUGAUUCAAGUUAUAAAAGACCAACUUUUAAAAAAGGUUGGUUUGGUUUAUUUGGACCCCAAAUUGAUUCAAUAAAUUUUUAUACUGAUAAAUUAUCAGUUAUUGAUUCUGAAAUUAAAAGAGCAAGGAAUAAAGAAUAUUCACCUACUUCAACUGCAUUUUUAACAAUGAGAACUUGUGCACAAGCUCAAAUGUUAGCACAAGCGGUACUUGAUCCAAAAGUAAAUCAUCUAAUUACAAGUUUGGCACCAGCACCUCAUGAUAUAAGAUGGGAUAAUUUAUGCUUAACAAGACAAGAUAGAAAUACAAGAAUUUUUCUAGUUACAUUAUUUAUUGGAUUAAUGAGUAUUUUAUUAGUUUAUCCAGUGAAAUAUAUUGCCAAUUUUUUAAAUGUUAAAUCAAUAAGUAAAAUAAUGCCAAAGUUAGGAGAAGCUAUUAAAAGUCAUAAAUGGUUAAAAACUGCAAUUACAGGAUUAUUACCGACUUAUUUAUUCACAAUUUUGAAUAUUAUUAUACCAUUCUUUUAUGUUUGGAUUUCCAAGAAACAAGGGUUUUCAUCUCAUAGUGAUGAAGAAUUAUCAAGUGUUGCCAAAAAUUUCUUUUAUAUAUUUGUUAAUUUAUUUUUAGUAUUUACAACAUUUGGUACUGCUUCAUUGAGUGAUACUACAAAGAUUGCUUAUGAUUUAGCUCAGUCAUUAAGGGAUUUAUCAUUAUUUUAUGUUGAUUUGAUUAUAUUACAAGGUUUGGGUAUAUUUCCAUUUAAAUUAUUAUUAUUAGGUAAUUUAAUCAGAUUUUCAACUGAAUCAAUAUUCAAAUGUAAAACACCAAGAGAUUAUUUGAAAUUGUAUCGACCACCAAUUUAUAAUUUUGGUUUACAAUUACCUCAACCAAUUUUAAUUCUUAUCAUUACAUUAGUUUAUUCAGUUGUAUCAUCAAAAAUAUUAACUGCUGGUUUAAUUUAUUUCAUAAUUGGAUAUUUUGUAAGCAAAUAUCAAUUGUUAUAUUCAUGUGUACAUCCACCUCAUUCAACUGGUAAAGUUUGGCCAUUAAUUUUCAGAAGAAUCAUAUUGGGAUUAUUUAUAUUCCAAUUAUUCAUGGUUGGUACAUUAGCUUUACAAGAUGCUUUCACUUGCGCAACUUUUAUUUCACCAUUACCAUUAUUAACAUUGUAUUUUUUAUACAUAUUUCAUAAUCAAUAUACUCCAUUAUCAAUGUUUAUAGCAUUAAAAGCAAUUGAAAAUGGAGAAAUUAUACAAGACUCUCAGAAUGAUAUGGAAAAUGAUGCAACAUUAGAUGAAAGAAGAGAAAUUGGUACAAAAUAUGAGUAUCCAAAUUUAGUAAAUGAUUUAGAUGGUCCAAUGAUUGCAUUAGAAGGUCAAGAUAUGGUUUUAAUCUCACCAGAUGGACAAAUUUAUAAGAAACAACAGAAUUUUUAUGAAAAUAAUGAUUGGGAUUUUUAA